CGUGGCAGUAAAAUAAUGAAUUUUAGUAUUUCGUUUUUUUUUUCAUUUUAGAAUGACGAUUUGCCCCGUGUUUGCGGAUGUUUACCAGAGAUACAUCUGAGUGCAGACUAAAAUCUCAAAAACGCCGUAAGAAAAUAAAUACGAAAUUCAGAGUGCGCUUACUAAUAAGACUCAAUGACUAUUGCUAAAAGUGACUAACGCCUAAUUGAUAUUGCAGCCUUUGCGGGGUACAAGUGAUCUUGGUACAUGGGUCUUUGGUCCUCGCCUCACACACUCUGCACGCAUGCUGCAUGGUCCGUCAACCUCGGCACAAACAACGCCACCUCCAUCUCAGUGGCAACUGAAACAACAACAACAACAACAACAACAACAACAACAACAACAGUAGCAGCAUCAGCAACAACAAUCGCAACAGUAUAUGAAACUGUACUCCGCAAGUAUGAAAUUUUAUAAAAUAUUCCAACUCAUAACAUAUUCUUUUGUUGUUCUUUCUAGGAGGUUAUCCCUAUAAUAAUAUAUUUUGUGACACAUUUGUAAAAUUAAAUUAUGUUUGAUUCGAAUUUCGGCAGUAUACCAAACGCAAAAUGAAUUCAUAUUUUUCUUUUUUUCAUUAUGCCGCCUUUAAUAUUGAAAUCUGUAACCCGUCCUUGUUAUAAAUAAUUGUAGUAUACUGCUUAGCUCAACCAAUUUGUAAUUCAUUUUUUAUAAAUAGAUAUACGUAUGAUGUGCAAUCUGUGAACAUUUGAACAAUCAAAUCCCCACCUGUACAGUGUACAAGUCCCAAUAUCUAUAUAUAUUUCCUUGAAAAAACAACAUUAUUUUGAUUGAAAAAUAUUUUUCGUAUGAUCAUACAAUUAUGAUCAUUGUUUAU